CCCAAAUAGUCAGGAACAACUUCAGUAAUCUGCCGCAGUUUGGAAAUGUCUCGUCCAUUUAGGCUAUUUUUGUUUUUUUAUGGUUGCUGCUUCAUCUUUGCAUCCCCGGAAGUCUGCACAAACUCCCUGAUACCUGGAGCUAAAGGAGAUCAAGGGGAGGCUGGAGCGCAGGGAGAGGAGGGAAAACUUGGGAAGAAUGGACCACCCGGAAUGCCAGGUGUGCCAGGUGAACCAGGCCUUAAAGGAGAAGUGGGUCCCACAGGAAAGAUGGGCCCCCCUGGAGAGAAAGGUGACAAAGGUUUGAAAGGUUUCGAUGGACCAGUUGGACUCAGAGGAAAAGCUGGUGCAACAUGCGACUGUGGGAGAUACAGGAAGGUGGUCGGAAAGCUUGAUGUGAACUUAGGGAGGCUGACAAACACUGUUAAGUUUUUAAAGAACGUGGUCCUGGGCUUGAAGGAGGACAAGGAGAGACACUAUCUGCUUGUUAAGGAGUCCAAGAAAUUCAGAGAAGCUUCAAUGAACUGCAAGCUUAGAGGCGGCACCUUGGCCAUGCCAAAAACCAGCGACAUCAACCGUCUCAUGACUGGCUACAUCACUCAGGCAGGACUGACAAGGGUUUAUGUUGGACUGCAGGCUCAAAGUAAAGACACGGAUGGAAAUGGUGGUGGUUACAUUUAUGUAGACUCUUCGCCUCUGCAAGAGUUUUCUGCUUGGAGCCCAGAGGAGCAGCUUCAUUCCAGGUUAUCUUCAAACACCAGCUCCAGCUGCGUGGAGCUGCACAGCACCGGGACCUGGAAUAAUGUGGAGUGUGAAGCUACCCUGUUCUUCAUCUGUGAGUUCCCAAAGAGCCAAGGAAAAGGAGGAGUGCCUGCUUCUACGUCACAAUGAGAUUUAAAGCCAAGAAAGAUCUAAAUUACUUAGUAUUGAUUAGGAUGAUGUUUUGUCUGCUUCACCUGCAUAAAGCUGAAUUUAAAAAAAAUGCAAAUCUAUCCCAUUAUUAGAUAUAUAUAUAAGAUAAUAUCUGGAUUUUCCAAAUACUGCUGUCCAAUCACUGUGGUUCUUCAAAUAUAGCAACAUUGGCCAAAGAUAUGUAUUUAAUACCUGUUUUCUUUGCAAAAAUCUUAAUUCUACAGUAUUUUUUCUUCUUCUUUUUUUGUUUUUUAUUCAGCUUUUAGAUGAUGUUUCAUCUUAGACCCUAUGUUAUGUGUGGCAUUUAAAAAUAUUAAAGUUAGCAAACAUUUA